CGCCAGGAUCUCUGUCCAGCAAAGAUAAGCCGAUUCUGGAGCUGGAUUUAAGGGGGCGGGGGGGCAGGAAAUGUGACAGCGUCGUCUCCCCCCCCCCCCCCCAAACACUCCCAUAAACAAGAGAAACGGCAUGGUUUAGCCGUCAGUCCUCGAGCGCCUUUGGGCCGAGGGAGGCUGAGACACGCGCGGAGAGGGGAGGAGAGAAGAACAGGAAAGAAGGUCUGCAGAAAGACAGGAAAAUCCAUUAGUGUGUGUAAAAAGAGACAAGCAAAGGGGGGUGGGAGCAGGCGGGGAAGAGUGGUCCUGAUUUUUUUUUUUUUUUUGGUCCUCUGAUGACACUGCAUGACCAAGUCAUGGCUGUAAACACUACAAAUCUCUUCAUGGAAAUUGUUCAGUCUUUUGAUGCUGUCCCCCUGAUCAUAGCUUUCAGCGUUUCCGUGGCAGUAGGACUGGUUUUGGGGGCCCUGGUCUAUGUGUUCCUGACUUGGUUGUCGCGGCGCAGAGCAGGGUCUGCGCGUAUCACCAGGAGCCCCCCUCCACGCCAAUCUCGCACCUCCCCGAGAAGCCACCCCGGUUUCAACCGCAGCAGCAACAACAAGAACCAUGACCGGCGGAGCAACAACAGCCUGCUGAGCGCCGCUUUCACCUUCCACCGUCAGAAUUCGAGCCUGGAUCCCCUCGACCCAUUGGGGCACAAGUCAAGCUUCAGGGUGUACUUUCACCCUCUCCUCCACUGCAGCCAGAUAGCCAGAGAGGCGGAGGAAGGGAGCCAGGCGUCGCUGCCCCGCACGCCGGUGUUGACCACCUCCACCGGAUCAGCCCACGCGGCCGGCACCCUGGCCAGACCCCACUCGUUUUGGGGGGACGGCAUAAGGGGUUUCCAGGCUACACAAACCCCUCCUCCUGCUUAUGAGAGCAUUAUUCGGGCCUAUCAGGAAACGCAUACCUAAGAAUAGCGGACCAGACUGUUCUCUGAAACUCUGAAAAAGGAUUUUGAAAACCAUGUUUGAUUUGUAUCAUCAUGAAUCACUACAUGGAAUGGACGAUUCAAGUAAAAAUGUUGUUUUGAGUUGUCUUCAAUUUAAAAUGGUUUGCCUUGCAGAAAAAAACCUCAUGCAUUUGACUUUCAGAAAUGUGUUAAAUGCUGCUUCCGUAUUAAAAUGUAUUAAAAUGCUGGUCAUAGCAAGGUAAACAAUGA